UUUUCAACCCUAAAACAAAUAUUUGACUGCCUCGCAGAGAGGGCAGAGAAAUAUUAAAUAUAAUAAAAUAUUCGAAGUGGCUUUUUAAUUGCCCUACUGUCCGUACUGCAACCUUUCGCAUUCAACAAUGGAGUUUUGGGGUGUCGAGGUCAAAGCUGGAGAGCCACUUGUUGUUGAACCUGAAGAUGAUAUGGUCUUGCAUCUUUCACAGGCUUGUCUAGCAGAGGUCAAUAAAGAUAAAGGAACUGAACCUGUGCAUCUUUACGCAAAGAUUGGUGAUCAGAAGCUUGUUAUUGGAAUACUUUCUCAUGAUAAAUUCCCCCAGAUUUCUGUUGAUCUUAUUUUCGAUGCUGAAUUUGAGCUUUCCCAUAACUGGAAGAAUGGGAGUGUACAUUUCACUGGAUAUAAAGCUCUUAUCCCAUCUGAAUCUGAUGAUGAUUCAGAUUCUGAAGAUGACCAGCCUCUUAUUCCUGCACCAGCUAAACAAGAGAUUAAGAUUGUGGAGACAAAUAAAGAUGUUAAAUCUGAUCAGAUGUUGGACGGUGGUGACAGUGAUGAAGAGAAUUCGUCAUCUGAUGAUGAGGAAUCUGAUGAUGAGCAGCAGGCCAAAAUAAAAAAUGAUGAGGAAAGUGAAGAUGAAGAUGAAAGUGACAGUGAAGAAGAGGAUGAGGAAACUCCUGAGAAGGCUACUAAUGGCAAGAAGAGAGCUGCAGAGUCCUCUAAGAAAACUCCAGUCGCUGAGAAGAAGGCAAGAUUGGUAACUCCAGAAAAGAGUGGUAUAAAAACUGAUGGCCAGAAGGGAGGUGGCCAUACAGCAACUCCUUACCCUUCAAAACAGGCUGGGAAAAAAGCAGCCAACAGUGACCGGGGAAAACAGCAGACUUCAAAAUCGGGUGGAACUUUCCAUUGCAAGCCGUGCAACAGGUCUUUUAAUUCAGAAAUUGCAUUGCAAUCUCAUACAAAGGCCAAGCACCAGUGAUUCGAAGUGAAGGAGCUAAUUAUCUGUCUGUCAAUAGUUUUUGGGAUGAAACUACCUAAAGAAAAUUAGAUUUAGUAAAAAUUUCAAAGAGAGUUUAGCGUAGAAUCGACGACUUUUUGUUGGAGAUAGAUGGAUUGGUGGCCUUUUUCAUGGUUUAUAGGAGAUGCAUUUCUCCUCAUCUGCCCUUUAGUUAUGGUACUUCAUAAUUUUGUUCGUGUUACGAAUUCUACUUUUGGUACUAAAUAGUUGUUUUACACAGUUUAAAUGA